AUGCAGUACGUGCGAAACCUCAGCGACUCGGUUUCCACGGCCUGGAACUCGAUCAACCCGGCGACUCUGAGCGGUGCCAUUGACGUUAUUGUCGUCGAGCGCGACGAUGGCACCUUGGCCUGCUCGCCCUUCCACGUCCGCUUCGGCAAGUUUUCGCUUUUGCGCCCAUACGAGAAGAAGGUCGAGUUCAGGAUCAAUGGCACCAAGCAGCACUACUCCAUGAAGCUGGGCGAGGGCGGCGAGGCCUUCUUCGUCUUCGAGACUUCUGACUCUAUCCCGGAAUCGAUGCAGACCUCACCGCUGGUCUCUCCAGCAAGCAGCCCGCCUUUUGGACCGGCAGAUAGCUCUUCAGAUAUGGCAGAGCCAGAUCAUCUAGAGCUCGAUGGGGAAUCAGGGAAGCCACGUAGACCGACCCCCGCCGUUAUUCAACUGCAGUCGGAUGAAAAUGGCAUGAUUACACCUUUAUCAUCUUCCCCUCCGCUUUCGAGUUCACACCCUGGCUCUGCCGACUGGCACGGAGCUUUCGAUCGACCUCACAGCGAUACCAUUCUGCGAAAAGCAGCUCUGCCCCACGACGACGCCAUUUCAGAUAACGAGAGCCCAUCGGAAUCGGAGAGAUCACAUAGCCCACCGAUUCUUGGUGCAAGCGAAGCCAUCGCGCGCGCCAGGGCGCUGUCCAAGGGAUUGUCCGCCGUCAACAUUCCAACCCACAUCACCGAGACAGGGGAUCUCAUGCUAGACAUGACAGGCUUCAAGAGCAAUGAAGAAGACAUGCUCCGCGCCGAAGUGCUCGCACGCAACAUUCUUUCAGAGGAGAUGGACGGCAAUUACGACAUCGGGGCUCUGUUUGGCUUCGACGAAGAAGGAAAUCUCUGGGUCUACAGUAGCGAAGACGCCAAGCAGGCUGCUAUGAACAAGACCAUUGAGUCGUCGCUACAGGCUCACCGUCACGCCGUUGCCGCCGACGCCGUGUCGGACCCAGGCUACCAGAGCGAUGGCAGCGAUCUCACCUCUGCGCCACAUGUGCCGUCCCACCGCCGCUCAGAGUCUGAUGCCGGCCCUGGCGGGAUGCACACUCCUCCUCGAACCCCAACCGGCUCUAUGCAGCCGGUCAAGAGCUACGCCAAGACUCUUCGACUGACUAGCGAUCAAUUGAAGGACAUGAACCUGAAAUACGGUGAAAAUUCAAUGAGCUUCACAGUCAACCGGGCAACGUGCUCUGCCAAUCUGUAUCUCUGGAAACAAGAGACGCCCGUCGUCAUUUCAGACAUUGACGGCACCAUCACCAAAUCCGAUGCUCUUGGCCAUGUGCUGAACAUGAUUGGCCGAGACUGGACUCACUCUGGUAUUGCAAAGCUCUAUAGCGACAUUGCGCUGAACGGAUACAACAUCAUGUACCUGACCAGUCGCUCCGUCGGGCAGUCCGACUCCACCCGCACUUAUCUGAAUAAUAUUGUCCAGGAAGGCUUCAAAAUGCCCCACGGCCCAACAAUUUUGUCUCCUGAUCGCACAAUGGCAGCUCUGCGCCGCGAGGUGUACUUGCGGAAGCCUCACGUGUUCAAGAUGGCAACUCUACGGGACAUCCGAAAUCUGUAUGGGCCAGACGGUACUCCUUUCUAUGCCGGUUUUGGCAACCGUCUAACCGACCAAAUUUCCUACCGAACGGUGGAUGUGCCAAGAACCCGCAUCUUCACCAUCAACUCCAACUCGGAAGUAUCACUUGACCUCCUGAGUCUUAAUAAACUCAAGAUGACUUAUGUCAAUAUUAAUGAGGUAGUGGACCACUACUUCCCCCCUGUUGAUACCCUGGUCAGGGGUGGCGGGGAAGACUACACCGACUUCAUGUACUGGAGAGAUGACCCUCUCCAGAUGGAUGACUUCUCGGCAAGUGAGAGUGACGAAGACGAGGAGGAGGAAGAUGACCAGGGCAGCACUUAUACUGACGAGGAAGAAGAAGAGGACGAAGAGGAGGUGGGCGAAGGGCUUGCGGAUAGCUACCUCUCGCACGAUGAGUACGAUGACGACGAAGUUGAUGGGGCCCGCAUGAUGGACUCUGUUAUGCAGAGCAUCGAGACUGAAGAUGCUGAUGAUGAGGAAAACUACGAGGACGACGCUGAGGAUGAAGACGCCGAGGCAUCUGAUGAUGACGAGGACAGAACCCGGGUGGUGGAAGAUGUCUCAGCCGAAAUCAUUUCUGGGGUUGGUCACCUAUCCGUGAAAGAGGAGAUUGAGAAUUAA